GACGCUGCUGGCUGGAGCCGCCUCCCUCCCUGCAGCCCGCGGCGGGGAUGGAGUGAAGGGAGACCCGGCGACCUGCCCGCUGGGAUCAGCGAUGGAGUUAAAGCAAUCUUUGUCCACCCACUUGGAAGCCGAGAAGCCUCUGAGGCGCUAUGGAGCGGUGGAAGAGACGGCGUGGAAAGCGGAGGGACUGGGGAGAAGUCAGCUGGACAUCAUCUCCAUGGCAGAGACAACCAUGAUGCCGGAGGAGAUUGAGUUGGAGAUGGCGAAGAUCCAGCGUCUGCGGGAAGUCUUGGUCCGGCGGGAGUCGGAGCUCAGGUUCAUGAUGGAUGACAUCCAGCUCUGCAAGGACAUCAUGGACUUGAAGCAGGAGCUGCAGAACUUGGUCGCCAUCCCAGAAAAAGAGAAAACCAAGAUGCAGAAGCAGAGAGAGGAUGAGCUCAUCCAGAAGAUCCACAAACUGGUGCAGAAGAGGGACUUCCUGGUGGACGACGCCGAGGUUGAGAGGUUAAGAGAACAAGAAGAAGACAAAGAAAUGGCCGAUUUCCUGAGAAUCAAGUUAAAAUCUCUAGACAAAGUAACCAAAUCUUCAGCCAGGAGUGCCAGCAGGACGCCGCCUCACCAGCCCAACACACAGACCUCCGUAAAGAACAGUGACUGGCGGGAGAAGCAGCCUGGCUCCAGCGUGUCCGUCAUUUGGUGGCGUAUUUGAGCCAGCCUCACAAUUCCACCUGUGUCAGUUGAUAUCCAUUUACUACAGCCAGCCCGGCACAGCCCCGUGACCUCUCUGUACGUGUGUGUGUCGUGACCGGCCUAAGUAGUUAGCCUAAGAUUCGCUGAUGUGCAGUCAUCCAUCAGAGAAAAUAAAAAUGGAAACCACUGUACUUGGCAUUUUAAAAGGUUUUACUUCCCCCCUCUCCCCGAUUAUGGAAGUCAUCCAUGUACAUAGUAAAUCAUUUUAAAGGUACAGAAAAUACAAGGAAGUUUUUAGUUCU